ACAAAAACACAACACUAAUCUGAACCAUUAGAUACAAGCAUAGGGGUGACCUAAUCCAUUGAACAUAUAACAAGUUAAGUGAGAUGGAAAUGGCUACAAAAUUUGGUUCAUGUACCAAAUUAUUAUUAGUGUGUUUGAUGUUUGCUUGUGUUUUUGAGGUUUCAGUAGGAAGAACAUAUACAGUUGGAGAUAGUUUUGGUUGGCAGACUCCUCCUGCUGGUGCUCUUACUUUCUCAAACUGGGCUAACCAACACACCUUUGUUGUUGGGGAUAUUCUAGAGUUCAAUUUCAAUAGUGGAGUACACACAGCAACUAGAGUAAACAAAAAUGAUUUUGAUAGCUGUAACGCUGCAAAUCCUAUUGAUAAUGAAACCAAUGGUCCAGCAAGAUUCACACUUGAUACUACUGGGGACUACUAUUUCAUUUGUACCAUCCACUGCAACCAGGGCCAAAAAUUAGCGGUCAACGUCACUUCUGCUGACUCGCCCUCCGGCAGCCUGUCUCCCGGUUCAUCUCCGGCGACACCUGGCGGCAACUUGUCUCCUCCGCCAUCGGGCUCCGUGUCGACGAGGGUGGCUGCCGCUGCUUCAUUUGUCAUCCUAGUGCCAAUUUUUAUUACUGCAAUUUUGUCUUAGUAUUAAUAGUGUUUCUAAUUUGGUGUAUGACUAUAUAUUAUGAAGUGCGUGCUUGUUAUGUGAUGUGUGUGGAUGUUUAGAGACUUAAAGAGCAUUUCGUAUAUAUUGAUCUCUUGUUUGAUUUCUA